AUAUUAUUGUCAUCAGUAAGGUCCAUGGUUUAGUGUGAAUAUUAAUAAUAGGUGCUACACUUUCCACAGGGAAGCUCAAAUGUCUGUUACCCCGAAGGAGACCCCCGCCCCCUGGCAGGAGGGUUUGAGUCAUCCGUUAGAGCGAAUAUCAUCUAUGUAUGACAAUGCCGAAUUAUCCGAUCUCACCAUCACCUUCCCCAAUGACGAGCUAUCUCUGAAGGUCCAUCGACUCAUACUGGCCAUGAGCUCACCAGUGUUUGAAGCAAUGUUCUACGGUCCCAUGGCAGAAAAAGCAGACCUCACACUUCCUGAUGAUCCACCAGAGGCAUUUGUAUUUCUUAUGGGAUACAUUUACAAAGGAAACGCAUCUCUGCCCAAUGUUGAUAUGGCAGUCAUGGUGUACAAGCUUGCAAACAAAUACCAGAUGAGUUCCCUUUUUUCUGUUUGCUCUGAGUAUCUACAGUCACGCGUAGACCUGAACAACUUGGCUUUGGUGUAUGAAAUGUCAUUUCUGUAUGAGGACUCGGAGCUGAAGCAGAAGUGUAGGAAAGUUGUGAGUGAGUCGCACGAGGUUCUGUCUUCACCACACAUAGGCCAACUCUCAGUGCAGUGCAUGGAGGAUCUUCUGCAGCAGAAGCUAGCUGUCGCAUCAGAAGUUGCUGUUUUCAAAGGACUCUUGCAAUGGGCAACAUUACUAUCAGACAACUCCUCAACAUCCGCUAAGUGCCCCAAAGGCCUUCGUCAGGAGAUCGAAACGUUGCUGCCGCACAUCCGGUUCCUGACAAUGACUCUGGACGACUUCGUGGAACACGUGAUGCCGUCUGGGGUGCUGACACCAGAGGAGAGCAACGCCAUCAUGAUGAACAUCAAGCGUGUUCUUAAUAUCUCUCUGCCUGCCAUUUGCAGUCCCAACAGAGAGACGAGGUACUCCAUAUUGCCCCGGCGGCGAUGAUGGCGGGCUUGCCACCGCCAGCGCUUGAGCCGUACCAGCACCUGUGGCGUUAAUUAAUCCGGACAGAAAGACAUGGGUACCCUACAGUCAGCUUCACCAGAUCUCCCUCGGAAAGGGGAACAAUGUUGUUGUAAAACCCACCAUUAUUAAUCCUGAAUGGGCUCCAGAGAAUGUUGAUUUUCGGUCGUUAGAGGAAGAAAGAUUCACUGGCCAAAAUCAUCAUUAUAGGGAAAGGAAUUAUCAUCCAAUGGGUAGUGGACGUCCCUGUGAGUACGAACUUCUAAGCUGUGUGAGAGUUAACAAGGAUAUUAUUGUAGGUCGCUUUGAAAUCAAUCUGGUGAAAAAGUACAAUGCCUUCCACGUGGAUGUAAAUAACUAUUUCAUGCAUGCACAUCAUUUAGUGAUACGAAACUCCUCUGGGUAUACACUGAGAGAAGUGGAUGUAGACAUAAGCCAAACUGGAUGUCAUAGCACUGUUUCUGCCGUUGUGAAAGAACCAGUGCUAUUGUCUUCCAGCGGUGUUUACUCAAUUGUUUUGUCAUUAUCACCAGGAACUGUUAUUGGAUCAUGGUACUAUCAACAGAGAAAUGUAGCUCUCACAUAUGGAAAGUUACACAUCAGUGGAGUUAUGCAUCGUGAUGCAGAUUUAUCAUUAGCUUUUUGGUGCUCUAGUAAUUUAUUCCCACCAUUGUUAAUGAGGCGUUCGCGUUAGUUCUGUAACCUUCUUAAAGACAGGUAGGUGUUGCAGUAAUGUGGAAUUGGAAAUCUAUUUCAGGAAAGUUUAAGUAAAGUGUAAUUUUCUCCGAUAUUGAAAUUUUUCAUUACAACACUAGGAAAUUUUUUUGCAACGGCGAUUAUGGAAGAUUACUUCGAGCAGAGGAAACGUUGAAAUUACCAGUUGUUCUCUUAAGCUUCUAUCUAUCGUUGUAUCUUAUCCUCUUGAUCAUUAAUGUACGAGAACAACCUAUUAUCAUCAACCCGUAUCUUUUUUCGAUAAAAAUUCGAAGAAGUUUUUCUCGGAUGCGGAAUAAUAAGUUUUAUUGCAAGAGAUUCUUACUGCAUAUCCUUUACGGCAUGAGAUUCUCAUAACUUUCCGUAUGUCUUAUGGCAUAAUACUUAGUCCCUCAUUAAGUACCUCGUAUCCCAUAGCCUCUUACUCAUUUCGUUUCAUGGCGACAAAAUAAUUCCCAAAACUACUUGUGGGCCAGCUCUACUCAAUGCGAUUUCAAUAUGGCUAUUGCUGGACGAGGUAGAACAACUGAACUCUAUCUAAUAUUAGGAUAAAUCGUGCUUCAUCAGAAUCAUUCGCAUCUAAUUCAGCAGCCAAGAGAAUGAAUCUGGAAAUUCAAUCUACGAGCCAAGCAAACUUGACAUAUUCAGCCGUUCAGUGCACAUGUUUGAAUGCUUUAUUUCUAACGCUGAGAAUAUUCAUAAUGUUUGAUUUAAUUUUUGAGAGAUUAGGAAGAUCAUUCAGUUAAUACUAUCAAUGUUUGUGUUUGAUUUGUGUAUUUAUCUGUGAUGAUGCAAAUAAAUAAAUAUAAGGCAAAUUGAUGUUGAACGAACUCUACAAAGGAGUACUGGUCUGUUUUAUUGUUUAUUCCCAGCACAAACAAAUAACUACUCUUCUCCCGCAAUCAUUGAACCAGCUGUACCUUUAAUUUCCAUCGCACUUUUGUAGCGAAUGCAGAAAUAAUCACUAGUAACCCACGGUGACUUUUUCUUUUCUAAAAAGACAAGAAAACAUGGUGCGGUCUGCACUGCAUCAGUUUCGUAAUUGAUGUAUUUUUACUGUAUUCACCUUAUUUUAGCAAAAAGAAUACGUCGGUCUUAUUUAAUUAAAGCGUCCUCGGCCGAGGAAUAAGUA